AUGAACGGAGGACUGGUGUGGUCGAGACGUCUCAGCACUACAGAUGAUGACCCGAUGGCUGAACCUCUCAGGCUAUCGCGACAGGUCUCUGACUUGCGUCUGGAGACAGAGUUUCUCCAGUCUUCUACAGAGCACUUAAUACAGGGAGCGGGCAGAGGUUCGGUGAGACAGCGAUGGCGUUCACACGAUCAAAAACCGAUACUUGGCCAGGGUAGCUAUGGUGUCGUGCGUCUGGAGCGAUCCGAAAGCGACCCCGUUGCGCUGCGAGCCGUGAAGCAGAUCAAGAAGAGUGAUCCGAAUGGCAACAUAAUAGAGUAUGCCCGCGAAUUAGAGGCGAUUGUGAGAUUUUCCCACUCCGAGUUGAAGCAUCGAUUUGUGUGUUCUAGCGGAUGGUUUGAGGAUGAAGCGUCCAUUUUCAUCGUUAUGGAGUAUCUGAUGGAUGGUGAUUUGAGCCAUCAUAUCAACAAUCCGCUCCCAGAAAGUGAUGUGACGGAGAUCAUUGGGCAAAUCUUGGAGGGGCUUGGCCACAUGCAUGAUCAUGGUUUUAUCCAUAGGGACUUGAAACCCGGGAAUAUUAUGGUGGCCGCCAAACAUCCCUCGUGGAGGGUUAAGAUCGCAGACUUUGGCGUGAGCAAAGAACGCCACUUGGCAUCCAUCUCUCCCAAUACGUUCUAUGUAGGCACCCUCGGAUAUGCUGCCCCUGAACAGCUCGCAGUAGGAAAGCUACCUGACUCCUCAGUCCACGGAAAUGAGGCAGAUCUAUGGUCAGUUGGUAUCAUCACGUUCCGCAUCCUCACGGGCAAGCUCCCGUUUCUUGAUACACAAGCGCUAUCUCGAUACACGUUUGGCAAAAUUCAGUUCCCAGUCGAUCAGCUGGACUCCGUAAAUGCGUCGAGGAAUGCUGAACGCUUCAUUCGGGGUCUUCUUGUCUUUCAGCCACAUGAGCGGAUGUCAGCUCGAGCAUCGCUUGCUCACCCUUGGAUGGGCUCUCGAAACGCAUCAGAGGAAUCGCAACUAUCCCUGCGCUCCAUAGAGAGCAUGCACAGUCACAGCUCAUAUCCCGUGUCUCAGGUCUCCGAGAUGCCAUCUGCUCGCUGGAGCGAUGUAUGGGACUCUACACCAGUUGCCCCAGAUACCAUUCAGCCAGAAAAACAACAAGAGCAGCCAAGGAAGCCUCUAGGGCCACACCCUCAAUUACCUUCUGUGACUGAACUAUCUCAAUCAUCACAACCCCCCUCAUCUCUAUCAUCCAAUACAAAGAAAACUGCUGAGGCAUAUCAAACAUCCGAACAAAGUUCAGAACCUUCGCUCCCUUCUGCUCAAAAUGCUUCGACAGGCUUAAUGCCCGAACGAACCGAAAAGGGAGGUGCCUUGAAAAAGUACCUCCGAGCUGCCCAGAUCGAAGUAGCCAAAAGGCUUGUCGAUUCCCAGAAAUACCAAGAGGCUAUCCCCUCACUAAAACAGCUUCUCGGUAUCUCUAGCGAGCUCGACGAGACGCAGCAAGCGAGUGUUGCCGAUUUGGGUAUCCUGGCGUUCAUCGAAACCCCUGUGCCGAUAAGAGAGAUCGAGACAUAUUUUAAGCAGAACAAAUCGUUCAAAUCUGCGUAUUUGAAGUCAUUGAUUCAGAGGAGUAAAGAGAGAUGUGACGCUGAAUCCUAUCACGAGGCUACCCCGGGGCUGAAACAACUUUUGGAGAAUUAUGAUCAUCUGACCGCGAACCAGCAAGAGAUCGUUGUUAGCUUGGCCGCUUUGGCAUUCAUUGAAACUGGUGUACGGGUUGAAGGCACAAUUGGACAAAAUGAGGGGUUUAAGGUUAUGUAUAACCAGAUGCGGGGGCUGAAGGUUGAAGAGUGGUUCGUACAAAACCGCCAUCAUGACAUUAUCAACCUUUUGGAGGAGUACCGGUCUCUUGAGCUUCCUCCCUGGUCACAGGAUCAACUAUCCGCGUAUCCAAACGUCAACGAGGAGAUACGGCUACGAAUGCAUCUUGCCGCAUGCUUAAAUUUUACGGGUGAUGCACAGCAAGCCAGAUCUAUCCUGGAGAAUCUGCUAUUGUUCAUGGCUGACUCACACGACCAGCGAGCUCCUGUCCACAUCAUGGUGUCUGAGACACUCAUAUCCUUGGCAUAUCAAAGUGAGGACCCAAAGUGGAAGAUUCUUGCCAAAAAUCACGCGGAGGAAGCAGCAAAUCUGUAUAUGGAUUCCGCAGGGUUAGCGAGCCCGGGCACAUUGAAGGCUGCGACUCUGGUAGCUGGCCUGUCUGAAGAGCUUGGCGACGAGGAUCAAGACGCCUGGAAACAAAUCCUCGCCGACGUGAAGCAUAAUAACCGUCUAGCAGAAAUCAAUAAGUUCACCGCCGAAGCUAGCAAGUUUAAGAGAAAGAAACACGCGCAAGCUCUGGUACUUUGCCAGACCAGGAUGAUAGAGGCGUCGCAUACGAACCCCGAUAGAGCCGUGGAGAUCGCACUGGACUAUUUGAAAUCAAACUUUUUCAUGGGUAACGCGCAGAAUUUCUGUGAGAAAUGCGCCGAAGAGUACUUCAGGAGAAGCGACUUCUCAUGGACCGCUGCUACGCCGCCAGAAUGGACCGCAUGUCAACAUGAUCCCAAGAUCAAGAUGGUUUUCUCGCCGCUGCACUUCUUCGCUUGUGCUUUUCGCAAACAGUCAUCAGGAUCGCCGCCUCACUGCACCCAGGAGGUGGCCUGCAUUCUCGACAUGGCUGGCACAAAACCUAUUUCCAAUAAUGCCAUCUCGUACGGUGGAGGCACGGAUGAAAAUACUCCCAUCACUCCUCUCUGGGUGGCUGCCUUCUGGGGCGAAAUGGAGGUUGUGAACCUUUUCCUAUCAAGGAAUGACAUUGAUAUCAAUGUUGGAUCCCAGUCUAUAAAGAGACUCGGGUUUUACAAAUCCGCCGGGGGCGAAAAAACUAUCCUUGCGGUUCUUCGUCGGAUGUCGCGCGUCCAGCUUGAUAUCUGUCUCUGCGAAUCUGCCGGAGAAAGAGCCAGGUAUCCUUACUGGCCAUGGUGCUUCGCUACUAAAGAUAUUCUCCAUGCGACGCUUGAGAAGCUGGGACCGAACAGUAGUAGUGUCUUGUAUGGAGUCCCAUGGAGGUUCCAAUCCCAAUGGGAGGACCUUGAAGAGGAGGUUCGUUGCAGCCUACUCAUCAUUCUCCUAGCUUUCCCGAUCACCAUUGCUAGCUUUCCCAUGUCAAGGCUAGAAGCUUUGGAAAUACUCUUGAAGUAUGGUGCCGACAUCACGAGUAUUGGGCCGAAAUUAAAACUUGAGAAGCAACCAGCAAUUCUAAAUGUUGUUAACGCUUUGGGGUUGGGCUUAAAUAAUGCUAUCGGAAAGUUAGAAGCCCUUUCUACAACAAAACCUGAAGACCAAAUUCACCCAGGCAGUAAACAAGGUAUUGAGCGGAAUAGACUGUACGAUGAGAUCAAGACCUCAAUUGCCAUGACGCACCACGUCAUCAAAACGACGCCAUCGUUUAGUCCUGAUGGCUUAGGGGACAAGUAUGAGAAUAUUAAAUGGAAUAAUUACUGGUCAGAUGUAACCAAACAAUUCUUCCAUUUGGAAAGUCAGACUAGACUCGUCCGGCAAAGGGACAAAAUGAUGCACUGGUUAGAAAGACCAAAGCGACUCCGGCUUGAUAUUGCUCAUUUCAUGAUCAGUAUUGCAGAGAGAGCUCCUCCUUAUAAGGAUCUGGGGCUACCACCGACCCAUAAAGUAUCACAAGACCCCAACGGAGAUUGGAUUGACAUACCCAAGUUGCGCCACCUGCUUGAAAACGACAUUGCUGAAGUUCUGAGAAAAAUCGGGUGGAUUGACCAGACUGUCUUGUUUGACCGAGCAGGUCCUUUCUUGGAAAGUUCUAGAUAA